GUGAGUCUGAAUUGAUGAACAAGGUGCUCGAGGGUGUAAAAGUAGCGGGUGCCCUUGCUCGCUUCGGAAGCUUAGUCUUCUGCGUGUUGCAGGUGGGAGAUGUUGUUCUGUGUGUCGGACCGAGCAUGCUGCCGACGUUGAACGAGCACGGAGACGUCGUACUUCUCGACAAACUGUCGCCGCGCUUUCGGAAGCUUGAGAACGGCGAGGUGGUCAUAGCCAUGUCGCCAACAAAUUUCCGACAAACCGUGUGCAAGCGUAUCAUAGCGUCCGAAGGAGAGACCGUGGGUCUCAAGCAUCGCUACAACCCGAGCAAGAUUGAGCUGAAGAAGGUCCCGAAAGGCCACGUGUGGCUUGAAGGCGACAACAAGCACGACUCGCACGACUCGCGGUAUUACGGACCGGUGCCGUACGCGAUGAUCCAAGGGCGGGUGCUCUUCCGACUGUGGCCGUUGACGCAGUUGGGACGGCUCGACACUGUCGCAACGUCGCUCGCCGCAACCGUUCCGAGCGAGCAUUAGGUUGCAUCUGUAAAGUUAGGUAGAUAGACGUCGUUACUUAUGUGCGACGACCCAUUAAAUACAACAUGCGUACAAUGUGUGUGAGCUCAA